GCUUUUUAUAAAAUGGGCUGCAUCCUAUCAUUCAAUUCAAAAUUGGUUUGAAACCAUGGCAAGAAUCAUACAUUUUUUGCUACUUUUAAUUUUGAUUUUUGGAGUCGAGUGCAAGUUCAAAAGUCUUUACUGUACUUUGUAUGACAAGGACUAUGGAGAAUUUACGAUUUGCAAGCUAAAAGCCAUAAGUAGAACAGUAAAUUCAAUCACUAUGCAUUAUAAGCAGAUAUCUGUCGUAGACAAAGUAAUGAUGAGAGUGGAAAUAUUGAAAAGAGCCAAUGGAUGGCGUCCAUUUUUGUAUGAUAUUUCGGUUGAUAUGUGUGAUUUCUUGGUGAAACGCAACAACCCGAUUAUGAACAUUGCUUUUUCUCUCGUAAAACCAUACUUAAACUCCAAUUAUUCGUGUCCCCUUAAGCCAAAUGAAACACUUUUCUGUGACAAUUUAACGUGGGAUCUGGAUAAGUUCCGUGUACGUUUUCCAUUCGAAACUGGUGAAUAUGCCUUGCGAUUCAGUUUAUUCUUCCACAAAGUCCUUAAAUUGACUAUUAAUGGCUCUGCUGAGUACUCCAAUUAUAGAGAGUAUUAGCUCUAUUCAAAAUAUAUGGAAGUG